UCAAAAUAGUACUCAACAACUAUAAAAAUAACAAUAGAGUAGAAAAAGACCCUCUUCAACUCCCAAACCCAAAAUCUCAAAACUCCAUGAUCCCAUCAUCACCAACCCAAUUCUCCACUUAACCCCACCGCACCACCAUGAACGGUGGCGCCGACGACUCUCCGCCACCAUUCCACAUCCCUCCGUCGCAACAACUUCCCAACAACAGCGGUGAAUUUCUUCUACGCCUCGUACAAAACCGCCAUCAACAACAACAACAACAACCACCAUGUUACCCACCUCACAAUCACUUCUCAUCUUCUCACACUCUCUCUCCUGAUCCUGCUGUCGCCGCCGUAGGCCCUUCUAUCCCCAUCAAUUUCUCUCUCUCUCCUCAAACUCAAAACCCCAAUUUCUUCCUUCAAGGGUUUCCUCGUCCUUCUUCUACUAAUACGCCGUCGUUUUACACUGCUCCUCAUCAACACUUCGAUCUUCAUCGUUUUCAGCAACACCAGAACUCUGGUGUUGAGCAACAUAGUAAAGGGUUGUUUGGUAAAGUUGGGUUUUCUAGUACUAGUAGUAGUAAUACUUCUUCUGCUGAACAUGAGAGUUUGAGAUUGAAGAAAUUUGAGUUGGAAUGGGGUUUAUUGAAGGAACGUGAAUUGGGUUUAGGUUUUGGGGUUGGGAGGGUUAAUGGGUUUGAUCCUAAUCGGAGGAUUGACCCUCGUGUGAAUUGGGGUCAGGGUUUACCCGAGCAAAGGCGUUCGGGUCCGCCACCGGGCUUUUCGAGUAAACCCGGUAAUCAAAGGCGAGGUUUUGAUGAUACUUGCAAUGUUGGUGGGGAAAGUAGUAGUAAUUUUGGUGAAUUGAAGAGGAAUAAUCAUAUGGGUUUGGGUUUUAAUGGUAAAGAUAGGAGGUUUUUGAGUGCUGAUAAUGGUAAUGGUAAUGUUAAUGGUCUUACUAGACAAGUUGAUCACCCUGGUUUGCCUGCUGGGAGUAGUCUGCAAUCAGUUUCGGCAUCCGAUAUCGAACAGUCUAUGCUGAAUUUUCAUGGUGGGUUGGUUGAUGAUGAGGUGAAUCAAGAUGAUAUUGAUGAUAUGAGUGAACAGCUAGUGGAUUCAGUUUUGGGAGAGGAUCAGUCUGGUGAGAAGAAUGAUGCUAGUGCUAAGAAGAAGCAUCAACGUGACAAGGAUUUCAGAUCAGAUGCUAGAGGAAAAUGGAUUCUUUCCCAGAGGAUAAGGAACUCUAGAAGGCUGAUUGAAUGUCGAAGAGACAUAGAUAGGUUGGAUUCCCCUUUUCUUGCCAUUUACGAGUCCCUAAUACCAGCAGCAGAGGAAAAGGCUAAGCAAAAGCAGUUGAUGACAUUGUUGGAGAAACUUGUUUGCAAGGAGUGGCCUAAUGCUAAGCUGUAUCUUUAUGGAUCAUGUGCCAAUUCUUUCGGAGUCUCAAAAAGUGAUAUUGAUGUUUGCCUUGCCAUUGAUGAUCGAAAUCUCAACAAGUCUGAUAUAUUAUUGAAAUUGGCUGAUAUUUUACAGUCCGAUAAUCUCCAAGAUGUGCAGGCAUUGACACGUGCAAGGGUCCCCAUAGUGAAGCUUAUGGAUCCAGUGACAGGAAUUUCAUGUGAUAUUUGCAUAAACAAUGUUUUGGCCGUUGUAAAUACAAAGCUGCUUCGAGAUUAUGCAGAUAUUGAUGCGAGACUAAGGCAGUUGGCAUUUCUUGUAAAACACUGGGCAAAGUCAAGAGGAGUCAAUGAAACGUACCAAGGAACCCUAUCUAGCUAUGCGUAUGUGCUGAUGUGCAUUCAUUUUUUACAACAGCGUAACCCUCCCAUCCUUCCAUGCUUACAGAGCAUGAAGGCAACAUAUGCCGUGACUGUUGAUGAUAUACAUUGCGCAUUCUUUGACCAAGUUGAAAAACUUCGAGAUUUUGGAGGCCGAAAUAAGGAAAAUAUUUCCAUGUUAUUGUGGGGGUUCUUUAAUUAUUGGGCAUAUUGUCAUGAUUACGCAAAUCAUGUCAUUUCAGUUCGUGCUGGCUGCAUCCUCAGGAAGCAAGAGAAAGAUUGGACAAGAAGGAUUGGAAAUGAUCGUCAUCUAAUAUGCAUAGAGGAUCCCUUUGAGACAUCCCAUGAUCUAGGACGGGUGGUGGACAAACGCAGCAUUAGAGUCCUUCGGGAGGAAUUCGAACGAGCUGCUGAGAUCAUGCAGUACGAUCCCAAUCCUUGUGUAGCGCUUUUUGAGCCGUACAUCCCUAGAUGAGUUGAGUUUCCUUCUGUCUCUCUCUCUUUAUUCUGCAAGUGUUGUUGCUUGUAAGUAGGGUUGCCUAGCUUGUAUAGCGGGGUGUUUCUUUGGGUUUUGGCUAAUUAGUAGUAUUUUUAUAUAUUUAUAAAUCAAGUAAUUCAGGGCAAUAGCAUAGGCUCUCUCCUACAGGCGUCUAGUUAUAUGCUGUAAAGAAACUGUGGUUUCUUCAUAUUCUAAUCCAGUAAUCUGAAGCUUGUUAUUCAGCUUACUUUGUACUAUUUGCUCUUGCAAUGGCUGGUUUGUUUGGUCUUCUGCUGUAUAAUAUGAAGUGGGAGCUGUUUUCAAGUCUUCCUUUCUUUUA